UCCAGCAGAUAGAGGCGGCAGCAUGCUGAGCGCAGCCGCCGCACAAUGCCAUAUACAAACUCACUCGAGCGGUAGAAGAUUUCUUUACCUUCAUGCCACCGCAGUGGUGACAACGUCGGGCAGACACACAGAGCCAAAGAUCAACAACACAGGGGUCAAACAUCAGCAGCCGCUCCAGUGAUCCGCUCUGCACAUUCAGCCAGGAGAUUUCUCACACGCAAACCUGAAGAGAUGAGCAAGAAGAUGGAGGAUGAGGCGGUGGUGGACCAGGGAGCGUCCUUACUCAAGCACAUCUGUGACGAGGAGGAGGUAGAGGGUCACCACACCAUUUAUAUUGGCAUGCAGGUGCCGAAGAGCUACCGGCGAUGGAGGCGCCACCGUCGGCGAACCAGCCACAAGGACAGAAAGGAGAGAUUGAUGGAGAACGUCUAUGACAAGUCGGACACAGAAAACAACGAUGAGGCCAGCAACAGCCUCCUCAAACCUCUCUUCUCGCCAGCAGCUGAGAGGGUCCGCAACAUCCUUGGGGAAGAAGAUGACGGGCCAGCACCACCACAACUCUUCACUGAGUUGGAUGAGCUUCUUUCUGUGGAUGGACAGGAGAUGGAGUGGAAGGAGAUGGCCAGGUGGAUCAAGUUUGAGGAGAAGGUAGAGAAAGGAGGUGAACGCUGGAGUAAACCCCACGUGGCCACGCUGUCCUUACAUAGCCUUUUUGAACUGCGGACGUACAUAGAGAAGGGCACCAUCAUGCUGGACAUGGAAGCUUCCACUCUGCCUCAGGUUGUUGAGUUGAUCACUGACAACCAGAUAGAGAUCGGCCAGCUGAAACCAGAACUGAAGGAGAAAGUGAUGUACACGUUGCUACGGAAACAUUCUCACCAGACCAAAAAGUCCAACCUGCGCUCUCUGGCUGACAUCGGAAAGACGGUCUCCUGUGCAAGUAGGCUGUUUUCCAACCAGGAAAACGAUAGUCCCGCCACAACUCACCGGAACCUGGCCUCCAGAAGCCUGAGUGACAUUUCUGACAAACCGGAAAAAGACCAGCUGAGGAACAAGUUCAUGAAGAAGUUGCCGAGAGACGCGGAGGCCUCCAACGUGCUGGUGGGGGAGGUGGAUUUCCUGGACGCGCCAUUUGUGGCGUUUGUUCGUCUGCAGCAAGCUGUGAUGCUGGGAGCCUUAACAGAGGUUCCUCUUCCCACAAGAUUUUUAUUCAUCUUGCUUGGUCCCAAAGGCAAAGGGAAGUCGUACCAUGAGAUCGGCAGAGCGAUCGCCACGCUGAUGUCAGAUGAGGUCUUUCAUGACAUUGCGUACAAGGCCAAGGACAGACAAGACCUGCUGGCUGGUAUCAAUGAGUUCCUGGAUGAGGUGAUCGUGCUUCCUCCUGGAGAGUGGGAUCCGGCCAUCAGGAUAGAGCCUCCGAAAACACUGCCUUCCUCCAACAAAAGGAAGAACAUGUAUGCAGGAGGCGACUCUCAGAUGAAUGGAGAUAUGCCCCAUGAUGGAGGUCACGGAGGAGGGGGACAUGCUGUAGGGGACGAGCUAAAGAAGACUGGAAGGUUUUGUGGGGGCCUCGUACUUGACAUCAAAAGAAAACUGCCUUUUUUUGUCAGUGACUUCACAGAUGCACUUCACAUUCAGGCCUUGUCGGCCAUUUUGUUUAUUUACCUGGGAACUGUGACAAACGCCAUCACUUUCGGUGGUCUGCUGGGAGAUGCUACAGAAAACAUGCAGGGCGUGUUGGAGAGUUUUCUGGGCACAGCGAUCACCGGGGCUGUUUUCUGCCUGUUGGCUGGCCAGCCUCUCACCAUCCUCAGCAGCACUGGUCCUGUUCUUGUGUUUGAACGGUUGCUCUUCAAUUUCAGCCGAGAUAAUGCAUUUGACUACCUGGAGUUCCGUCUGUGGAUCGGGCUGUGGUCAGCGUUCUUCUGCCUGCUGCUCGUCGCCACCGACGCCAGCUUCUUGGUUCAGUAUUUCACCCGGUUCACCGAGGAGGGCUUCUCCUGUCUCAUCAGCUUCAUCUUCAUCUACGAUGCCUUCAAGAAGAUGAUCAAAUUAGCUCACCACUAUCCCAUCAACUCUGAAUUUAGGAUGGAUUAUGUCACACAAUAUGACUGCCUCUGUAUGGCCCCUUCUGUUCUAGAGAACAGCACAGACAUCGGUGAUCCUUUAGAAGGUACUUCAAUCUGGUACUGGAACAACACUGAUCUGCCAAUGAACACCACGUGGUCAUCGCUCACAAAAUCAGAGUGUUUGAAGUACAAAGGCGAGCUGGUGGGAAAUGCCUGCGGAUUUGUUCCAGACAUCACGCUCAUGUCCUUCAUCCUGUUCUUUGGCACUUACACGACCUCCAUGUGUCUGAAGAAGUUCAAGACCAGCCGGUUUUUCCCCACCACCGUGAGGAAACUCAUCAGUGACUUUGCCAUCAUCCUAGCCAUCCUCAUCUUCUGUGGAGUUGAUAUGCUUGUAGGAGUCGAUACUCCCAAACUCAUUGUGCCAACUGAAUUUAAGCCAACAAGUCCUAACCGGGGCUGGUUCGUGCCCCCGUUCGGAGGAAACCCCUGGUGGGUUUACCUGGCGUCAGCUCUUCCUGCCCUUCUGGUUACUAUACUGAUCUUCAUGGACCAACAGAUUACUGCUGUGAUAGUCAACAGGAAGGAGCACAAGCUGAAGAAAGGGGCAGGUUACCAUCUGGAUCUGUUCUGGGUGGCCAUUCUGCUGGCGGUUUGCUCUUUCAUGGGCCUGCCGUGGUACGUGGCCGCCACCGUCAUCUCGAUCGCUCACAUCGACAGUCUGAAGAUGGAAACCGAAACAUCGGCUCCUGGAGAGCUGCCAAAGUUCCUGGGUGUGAGAGAGCAGAGGGUCACUGGUGUGUGUGUGUUCCUUCUGACAGGACUGUCUGUAUUUAUGGCUCCUAUUUUAAAGUUUAUACCCAUGCCAGUGCUCUAUGGAGUCUUCCUAUACAUGGGAGUUGCCUCUCUCAAUGGAGUGCAGUUUAUGGAUCGUCUCAAGCUGCUUCUCAUGCCAGCAAAGCAUCAGCCGGACCUGAUUUACCUGCGACACGUUCCCCUCAGGAAGGUCCACCUUUUCACCUUCUUGCAGGUCCUUUGCUUGGCUAUGCUCUGGAUCCUCAAGUCCACUGUGGCUGCUAUUAUAUUCCCUGUCAUGAUCCUUGCUCUGGUAGCCGUCAGAAAAGCGAUGGACUACAUGUUCUCCCAGCAUGAUCUCAGCUUCCUGGAUGAUGUCAUCCCAGAGAAGGACAAGAAGAAGAAAGAGGACGAGAAGAAAAAGCAAAAGCGAGGCAGCAUAGACAGCGAUGCUGAAGACGAGAGAAGUCCCCAUCAUUCCUUGAAUCACACACAUCGUGCUGAGCAGCUUCGCUACUACCAGGCCAACUGUUUGUCCAGCCCUGAGAUGAGUCCGCUGAAGUCUGUUGUGCCUCAGAUUAGAAUAGACAUGGACCCAGACGAUGAUAAUUCUAAUUCAUUCUACUGGAAGAGCAGAGGAUCUGAAACGUCUCUGUAAAGCAGCGAACCACCACCAGGCACUAAAACCAUUUCUUUGCAACCUUGUCUUGGUAUUUUUCUCCCAGCUAUACAGUCAGUGGUCUUUGUUUUCUGACUCAAACACUGUUUAAUGUAACUCCUUACUACUCUUCUAUGCAACUCAUCCCACAUAUCGCUGAUCAACGGUAAAUGCUGCAGCUCUUUCUGACUUUCUGACCACGCAUGGAACACCCUUUCUGCUCUUUUUAUAUAAGUAUAUAAAUAUCAUCUGUCUUGAUUUUUUUUACAUAUAUAAAUUACUCUAAUAAUAUUUUCCUGUAGCAGGAAAAUUAUGUUUUUAUAGCUCUACCUCUUGUUUUAGAUCAAUCUUAUUUUAAACAAAUGCAACAUGUUGAUUUUUGACACAGCAUGGAGUUUUGAUAUUUUCUCUGUCCUCUUGUAUAGUUGAAAUGAUUCAAGCGAUUCACUCUUAUAGUGUGUGAAGGAAACGUGUGCAAAUAGAUCUUUUAAGUUAAUUAAACAGUUAAUUAAUGCAUAUUUUUAUCUGCAGAUGAGGUACAUAUUUUUAUUAUCACUUUUGAUUGCUUCACCUUCUCUUUCUAAUUUUCUGAAUCUUUCUUUCAAGGCUUCACUUCAUUGUUUUUGUUACUUGUUUAAAUUAAAUCAAUUUCUGUAUCUUUUUUUUUUCAUUUUUUAUGAUCAUAUUUUGUGUAUCAUGGUAACCUUUUCUUGUGUCCUUCAUUUUUCUUUCUUUGUGGCUAGAAAACAGUUCAGCUAAAUGUAAGCAUCCGAUUUUCCUCAGCCAAACUUAAACGCUAAGUAGGAGUGCAUAUUGUGUAAUUGCUUGUGCUACACAAACUCCUUUACCUAAAGUGGCUUAUAAGAGAUUGAACCAGACAUGAAAUUUCAUGGUAACGAUAUGACAAAUGAGAAGGAAAUCAAAUUCAUGUAAGCUCCAUGUGGUGGAACAGCUUCAGUCCACAGC